GUUGAAGUACAAAUUCUAUAAGGUUAUGCAAUUGUAGACAUGUUUGAUGGUUUUAUAUAGCAACAAACAUGGCGAGGUGGUUAGGGCUGGAUAAAGUUGUAAAAUUAUUUGAAAUAAUAAAGGAAAAUGGAGGUCUCAUUAAUUCUAUGCGUACUCUGUACAGAAUGGAUGAGUUGAAAAGUGGAACUCUAGUAGGCGAGGAUAAAUAUGGAAAUAAAUAUUAUGAAAAUAACUCAUAUUUCUAUGGUAGUAACAGAUGGGUUGUAUAUUCAGAGAGAGUAGGUAUGGAAUACGAUGGUUCUCAAGUUCCAGCAGAAUGGUUUGGAUGGUUACAUUAUAAAACAGAUUUACUUCCACACCAAGAUCCAGGACGUCCAAAACAUAAAUGGAUGGCAGAUCAUAAAGAAAAUAUGACUGGAACUUAUGAAGCUUACAUGCCUUAUAGUACUACGAAACCAAAAAUCGAACCUUGGAAACCUCCACAAUAAUGUGUUUUCAACAUCUGUUGCACAUAAUUACAUGUAGAAUAAACUAGAAUAAUUACAUUAGUAAGAAGAAAAACAUGUAAUUUACUGUAAAUAAAAUAAUUAUCUGUAUAAAAGUGUAUACAGUUAUGUAGUAUAUUGUUAAAUAUAGGUAUACAAUUUAUUAUAA